UCAGUGCCUCACAAAUUGCACCCAGCAGGGAGCCGGACCUUGUGCCUUCUGGAGCGUCUGAGGGGCGCACGCGCAAACGUCAGAGAGUUUAAUGAGCAAGUGACUUUUUUGGAAUAAAGUCCCACGCACGACACGGAAAAACAUGUAAGAGGAUGUUUUCUUUCACCUCAGCAUCCCAAUGUUGAGAGUGUUUUUUCAAGGCUCCCCUCCUCCUCCAGCUGCGUCCCUGCAUUUGUAGAAUAAACUGUUGUCUCACUUUGUUGCCUCUGUGUCUGACGAGGUGCGAAUCCCGAAGGAACUGACACCAUCCUCCACCUCCUCCUCCUCCUCCUCAUCCUCCUCCUCCUCCACCUCGUCGUGGUGCCGCAGCAGCAGCAACGCGGUGAGUGCGUCCUGCAGCAGGAGCAGCAGCAACAGCAGCGAGCAGUAACAGCAGUAACGGCACCUGUCAUUUUCAGGACGAGCUGAUAACCGUGUUAGGAGUAAAACGAGGUAUUCUCCGGAAGAAUCUACAGCCAGGCACCGCGGGGAUCCGUGAUUACCGAUGGCUUCAUGUGUAGAUAUUUGCGCCUCUGAAAAUUACGCAUCGAGCCCUUGAUGCUGAAGUGUGGUGACGCUGAGGGGAGCAAUUUCAGUGCAUCCCUGUGAACACACACACACACACACACACACACAUAUUGUGGAGCCCUUUUGGAUACGAACGCUUCACAGGAGACAAUGAGAGGCUACCUGCUGACUGCAAUCUUUCUGCUGCCCUUGGUGGCCUCAGAGUCUGAGCACUGUAUAAUCAAGCGUGAACAUGAGAAAUGCAUGGAGAGGAUCGCGCUGCACAGCCCCAGUGAUGACCUUGAAUUAGUGUGUCCAUGGAUGUGGGACAACCUGACCUGCUGGCAGGCGGCCAGUGUUGGUGAAGUUGUGGUGGUCAACUGUCCAGAGCUCUUCCAUGACUUUAUGGGUCCAGAGGAUGAAAUGGGGAGGGUUAGUCGCAAUUGUACCGAAGACGGCUGGUCUGAACCUUUCCCUCACUAUGUGGACGUCUGCUUCUUCUAUGACAACACCACCAAACCUGACAUGUACUACGCGUCAGUCAAAGCCCUGUACACAGUUGGCUACAGCACAUCGCUGGUGUCUCUGACCACAGCCAUGGUUAUUCUCUGCAGAUUCAGGAAGCUUCACUGCACCAGAAACUUCAUUCACAUGAACCUGUUUGUGUCCUUCAUCCUGAGAGCCAUCUCAGUCUUCAUCAAGGACGGAGUGCUGUACGCUCAGGAGGACAGCGACCACUGCUUCGUACACACAGUGGCGUGUAAAGCAGUGAUGGUUUUCUUCCAUUACUGUGUCAUGUCCAACUAUUUCUGGCUGUUCAUUGAAGGUCUGUAUCUCUUCACUCUGCUGGUGGAGACUUUCUUUCCCGAGAGACGAUACUUCUACUGGUACACUAUAGUAGGAUGGGGAACUCCCACCAUCUGUGUGACAGUCUGGGCAGUUCUGAGGCUCCAUUUUCAUGACACUGGAUGCUGGGAUACAAAUGAGAACACUGCCCUCUGGUGGGUGAUCAAAGGACCAGUUGUGGCCUCUAUAAUGAUCAAUUUUGUCCUCUUUAUUGGAAUUAUAAUUAUCUUGGUCCAAAAGCUGCAGUCUCCUGACAUUGGAGGAAAUGAAUCAAGCAUUUACCUCAGCUGUGCUCAGAAAUGCUUCAGUGAGCCCACACAGGCUGUUCAGCAUUCGUGCAGGAUGUCAGAGUUAUCCACCAUCACGCUGCGUCUGGCACGCUCCACCCUCCUGCUCAUCCCUCUGUUUGGCAUUCACUACACUGUGUUCGCCUUCUCACCUGAAGAUGUCAGCAAGAGGGAGAGACUGGUCUUUGAACUGGGACUGGGAUCUUUCCAGGGCUUUGUGGUAGCUGUCCUCUACUGCUUUCUCAAUGGAGAGUUUCUCCCUGAAGGUGCAGUCGGAGAUCAAGAGGAAAUGGCGCAGCUGGACGGUGAACCGGUACUUUGCUGUGGACCUGAAGCAGCAGAGGCAUCCUUCGUUGGCCAGCAGUGGAGUGAACGGCGGGACUCAGCUGUCGAUCCUGAGCAAGAGCAGCUCCCAGAUACGCAUGUCCAGCCCGCUGGCGGAGAAUGCCAACAUCAGCCUCCCAACCUGAGCAUCUGAUCGGCCAGAGUCAACUUCAAGGUGCCGUUCCAAUAAUGUACAUCCAGACCAACCAGAACAGACCAAAGUGGCCCCUUUCACCUCUUAUAUUUUGUAGUUUGGCCUUUAGAAAAUGAGGUCUCUCUGAAAGCAUUUCCUGGAGAUUCAUUAGAGGUGCAUAGCUGGCUUUCAUACAUUAGCAUUUAAUUUGGUUAUACAAUACAAUUGUAUUUAUUUUUAGUGCUGCAGUUGACUCUUAUGAUUAAUGAUGCACUUAAUAUUUUUAACAAACAACUAAAACUCUGCUCCAUCAAUUAAAACACAAGAGAUAUUAGGAAUUCUCUUUCUGCCAAUUUUUUAUGUUAAAUUAAAUCCUUUUUAUUGUUUGAUUUAUAAAUAAUAUUAAUGUAGAGUUUGUGCCAAAAGAAACACUACAAGUGUAAAAAAAUAAAAAAUAAAAAAGAUCAGUAGUUAAAUGUAGGGGUCAUAUUUGGCUGUUGGUGUAAAAUAAAUGUGCUUCAAAGUGCCAUACAAGUUGCCUGACUGGAUCUGAUCUUGUAACAGUCCAAAGUUAAAUAUCAACCAAACGUUCGCCUUGCUUGUACAAAUGCUCAUUGUUUAAAUGUUUCAUCUUGAAUUUAAACAUUUUUCUACAAUCAGCCAUAAGUACAGAGUAUGUCAAAAGAUAUAUAUUAAAAAAAAAAAAAAAAAAAACCACAGCAACAACAACUCAUGGACUUUGUAAAUAGUUACUUUUGGUGUCUAGAUCAGAAUUUCUUUCUUUUGCAUAACACAGUAUUGUAAUGACCUUUUCAAACAAAAGGAACUGGAGCCCAAAUCUGUAGACUUCAUCACAUAUCCUGAAGACCCAGAAGAUCCUGCCCACUCUAUUCUGAACUAUUUGUUUGUAUUAAAUAGUUUUAAGAAAAUACACACACAAAUAGAAACAUAUUGCCAAAAUGAAUGAGUGUUGAACAGCAGUGUUUCCCAACCUGGGAGUCACAAGAUGAAUUAAGUUAGGAAAGAAGAACAUUUUUCUGCUCCAUAAAAUUAUAUUUAUUUAUUUUAAGGAAAUUUAUGUUUGCUCUUUUUUAUUGUUAAAUUUUAGAUAGUUUCACCUCUCCAGGCCUCUAAAAAUAUUAAAAUUAAACAAGCUGAGGAGGUAAACUCAUUCUUUGCUCUGACUUUUGUUAAGGGGCCGUGAGUUGACUUUGUAUUGUCACACACCAAAAAAGGUUGCAAACCACUACUGUAGAGGAUAUGAGUACAUGACAGAAUGUAAAAAUGUAUUUUAAAAAAGAAAACUACACUGCAAAUAUACACCCUGAACAGAUUCAUGCUAACAAAACGUGUUGAUUGGUGCCGAGGUCUUUGGCUGCACCACAGUAGUUUCCUCUGGUUAGUUUUCCCUUUCAUGGACUCAGACAUAUUUUUUUCAAACUGUGAACAUAAACAGUGAAUGUGCCAUUUAGUGGAUCCUUUUAUCCAAAGCUCCUCGUGGUGCCAUGAGUUUAUAUGUGCAGUAUUUUAUUGCAAGCAGUGAUAAUCAAACCCUCAACAUGCUCUUAAAGAUGACAGGAUUCUUUGUCCUGUUCUCUUUUCCUCUGAGCUUCAGACCAUUGUUCCAUAUUAAAUUGCUCUUCAUUUUAAAAUUUUGAAAUGAACCAUCUCCUACACUCAUAUUCCAAAGUGCCUAGUCAGUCACAAACAGCUAUCACUUUUAUUUACAGUACAAUGAACAGAUAAGUUAAAGGUGUAAUAAGAGUAGUUUCCUGCAAAGAAUGUACAGAGUGGUGGUUUUAUUGUGGAUGACUUUGCAAAAUGAUGCAUUUUUUCAUUGUGUGCAAAAAAAAAAAAAAAAAAAAAAAUCUUCUUUUUCUCUUUCUAAUUACUUAAAAAGAGUCCUGCUGAGUGUUUUUCUUCUUUAAUUAUCAUGUGUUCCACAAGACUGCUGUUUUUCAAUUUUAGCUUUUUGGGCACAUCUAUAAUUCAUAUCAAUUCAGCACUGACGUCAAACUAGCUUCAAAACAGAAACAAUACCUGCUGUUAACAGUCAACACAAAAUGCUGAAUAGAAAUGUGAUAGCUCUUGACAAUCGCAGAGUGUUGCCCAUUUUCCCCUUCUCUGUCUUUUUUGUUUGUGCAAACAAACAAGCUAACAAACAAUGAACUAUCCAGCUGGGUAAAUCAUUUAAUAAGAUGAAAUGUGAAAUGAUGUGUACAGGAGGAUUUUUCCACCAUAUUUACGCAAGAUAUUUAUUUUUUGUACUGUCAUCCGCAUGGAUCAAAAGAAUGUAGUGACUUUAAACAAUGAAUUGGUGAUAUUGAUAGACAUAUAAGGAUGUAUAUUUAUUUUCCAUAAACAGUGCCAUGUGAAACAACUCAAUGUACAGUAUACAUGCUUUUCUCUGUGUAAUAGUUGUAUGACUUCUGCGGUUUCAUUGCGCAGGUUGAUGUUGACUUUCUUGGUCAAAGUGCCAUAUAUGUAGUGCCAUAACAAGUGGUGACAGUGGGAGAUGUUUGGCACAGUGUCUCAUCUGUGAUUUUAAAGAAAACAAAAAAUUGUUGUCCAAAGCUGCGGGGGAUAAAAUGAGAGAUAAAAUAUAGAUUUAAUCUCUAAAAAUUACUUUAAGGCAUCUGCUUGGCUGCUUUUAGACAAAACAGUGAUUGAGUGUGAGCGAAAACUAGAGCCAGAGCAGGGAAAGGAUGCUUUUAUUUAAUGAAGUUUAGAAGGUUGAUAAACUGCAACAGAUAAAACACAAAGUGUGUAUGAGGGUGAAUUAAAACCACUCUGCUGCUGCUUACGUGUUCUAUCACCAGCCGUCACUCUGAGUCUGAAUCAGCUCAGAUGGAAACGACCAUGUCUUAAAGCUGUUACUGUCUUUGGAAAAAAAAAAAGAAGAGUAGAAAACUCCUUACUUGACCAUGUCUGUGCUGUAUAUCUGUCUACCACAAGGUGGCAGCAAAGUGUUAGAAUUUCAGUUCAGUGGUUCAGUGGAGAGGGGGAAGUUUUGACAUACACUGAUUUGCUUUUUGAGCCUUGGAUUUUGAAUUUCAGAUGAAACAGAAACAGGUGCAGGGUGGGGCAUUAAGGCACUUAUAUGCCACAUGGUUAUCAUUGUUCUCAUCUACUUUUUAUGAUUUUUUUCUAAUCCACACAAAUUAACAAGUUAACCUACAAGUUAAAAUUUUCUGAAUAAGGUCCAAUGUGCACAAUUAAGAUUUGGUAAUUUUUGUUAUAGCGCCCCCUCUGAAAUAUCCAAAUUUCUGUGAUGUCUGUUUUUUCAAAACAAAACAUGAACUGUCUGAGUUUCAGAACACCUAUCCUGGCAUAGAAGGAAAUUUGAAGAAUUGGCAGUGCUACAACAAAAUCUGACAGUGUAAAUUUUAGCUUCAUUUUGACUAAAGGUGACUGCACCUCUCUUCACACACACCUUUUAUUACAGUUUGUUUAGCAUUGUACGCUUUAUAUAUGUGUUGAAGAAAAGCCCUUGACAUAUUUUCUUAAAGCAACAGUUUCACAUUUCUGGAAAUAUGCUUAUUCACGUUUAUUCCAAGAGUUAGAUGAGAGGAUUGAUACCACUCUCAUGUCUCUAAGCUAAAUAUGAAGUGGUUGCUACCAGGCAAUUAGCUUAGCUUAGCACAGACUGGAAACAGAGGGAAACAGAUAGUCUGGCUCUGUCCAAAGGAAACACUAAAGCUCACUUAACUCCCCACAAACCAGCAACGUUUCCUUUUUACAUUUUGCUUUUAGUGUGAACAAACAAGAUAUAAUUUGACAAAAAAUUUACUUCUACUAGCUAUACCAUAUUAAUACUAGCAAGCUGUUCCUCGUUCGCUAGUAAACACAGUAGCUACUGUAUUAGCUACAAGCUGUUUCCCCCAAGUCCAGUCUUUGUGGUAUAAAUAUUCUCAUUUAAAUCUCAGCAGAAAAGUGACUGAGCAUAUUUCCCAAACUGCUGAACUUUUGUUUUAAAUAUAACUAUUCUCUGUGGGGUAUAUCUCUGUGUUUAGAUGCCAUUUCUUUGGCAGUUGUGCCUAUUGAGCCAGUUUUAUCAAGUGUUGAGUGUGUGUGCAAGUCAUUUUUGAUUGCCAAUGAAUUUUUGAAUGUACUGUUGUUGCUCAGCUGCUCUUAAGUGUCGCCUGCUAUGAAUUUGCCAUGGUGUACAAAUGAUGUCUUUUCUUGAUCAUAUAUACAGUACACUGUAUAUGUAUAUUUUUGGCACACAGGUUGACCUCUUGUCAAAGACCUGUAAUUGUUUGUGACCGUGUUUUUGUACAUUUAUGUUUAUGUAACAGUUUUCAGAGCGUGUGUGUGUCUGAGUAUGUUUGAAGGUUGGAGAGAUUGUAUUCUGUACGCAUGUGUAUGUAAUGACAAGCAUUCAAUGAGGAUAUAAGUAACUUAAAUGUGAAAAAAUAUAAACUUUCAUCCAACUUCUGUUCUACCUGUGACAGUGUGUCGUGUAACAUGCGUUCUGGUGUCCAUGUCCAUGGUGUCCAGUUUGUGUAAAUCUGACUGCAAAAUAAAUCUAUCUGUGGUAAGUUGUA